GGCAACUCGACAAGUGGAAGGACACCAAAGAUGGUUCUCGCCUUACGGGAACUUGGAGUAACAUGGACCCUCGCGAUUACAGUCUUUUUGACCUGUUUUGGUUCUUCCUUUAUUAUUGGAUACAACAUCGCCAUCAUUAAUUUACCAGGCACAUUCAUCAAAAAAUUCCUUCAAGAAAAAAUUCUGAACAACUCGACAGGCUCAGGCAUUGUUGAUGCGGAAUUUCUGUACGCUCAGGCUAGUACAGCAUUUGUGGUAGCCGGUGCUAUUGGUGCAUUCAGUUCUGGAUGGGUGGCGGAACUUGUUGGAAGACGUAAUGGACUGUUGCUGAACCACGCAUUCGCCAUAAUUGGAGGUAUCAUUAUUGGACCAACUGUUUACGCGGCACAACCUGCUCUUCUGUAUCUCGGCCGUUUUAUAGUGGGUCUCAACUCCGGAAUCACUAUGGGUAUAGCUCCAAUGCUUCUGACAGAAGUAGCACCCCGUGAACUUCGGGGAGCCAUUGGCGCAUGCAACCAAUUGGCCAUCACCCUUGGAAUUGCUUUCAGCUAUCUCGUCACGCUCAGCCAUGCACUUAAUACGGAAACUCUAUGGCCUAUUGCGUGCUCUCUGGUUGGAGUACCUGCGCUUAUUUCGCUAGUAACCCUACCCUUCUGCCCGGAAAGUCCGCGAUGGCUGUUUGUGAAGAAAAACGAUGAAACUGCGGCACGACUAGCCUUUGCCCGAAUCAAUUCAAAAGAGAGCGUGGAAACCUUCUUGGGAGAAUUGCGCGAGGAAAUGGAGGUGGCGAAAAACCAACCGGAGUUCAAAUUCACUCAACUUUUCACGCAAAAAGAUUUACGCAUGCCUGUUCUGAUUGGCUGCAUCAUCCAAGUGUUACAGCAACUUUCCGGUAUAAAUGCGGUUAUCACUUAUUCAGCAUCGAUGAUGCAGACCGCUGGCGUCCCGAGCCAAUAUAUUGAAUACUGUGUGCUCGCGAAUGGUGUCCUCAACGUCCUAAUGACUGUGGUUGCCUUGCCAUUAUUGGAGCGUGCCGGAAGACGUACUCUACUUUUGUGGCCAACGCUGGUUCUUGCUGCUUCACUUCUUUUAUUGACAAUCACUGUAACAUUGGCGAAAAAGCAUCCGGAGGCUUCCGUCCAGCAGGCAAUGGGUACCUUUUCGGCAGUUCUUGUGCUGGUUUACACGGCUGCCUUUGCACUGGGGCUUGGGCCUGUGCCGUCAUUGAUCGUGUCGGAAAUUUUCAGGCAAGGUCCACGUGCUGCAGCCUACUCACUGAGUCAAUCAAUUCAAUGGUUAUCCAACUUGUUGGUGCUAUUCAGUUACCCCAGCAUCGACAAAAGACUCGAAGGGUACUCGUUUCUACCGUUCCUGGUGAUCGUGAUCUGCUGUUGGAUAUUCUUCUUCCUCUUCAUGCCGGAAACACGCAAUCGCACUUUCGAUGAGGUCGCACGUGACCUGGCCUUUGGCAACAUCGUGGUCGGCAAACGUUCCGCCACACUAGAGGACAGAACAAUGGCUGUGUUCCAAAAAGACGAACGCAACCCGAACAAUACAGAGCUUGUCGCAACACAACCGUUACUGAAGCAAAACGAUGUCCACACCGUCCCAUCUCUGAUGGCAUAGCUAGUAGAUUAUGCCAUACCCGGCGACUGUCAUACAAUUUAUUCGUAACCCUACGGACUGGGCGAGCAUUCAGCACUACCAUGUUCAUCUCUUAUCCAUCCAUCCACGUUUCCGCGUUCCACGUUCGCCUGCCUUUCUAAAGCUGUCAUUCUGGUUUCGUAUCCAAUGGGACUGCCGUUCAUUGUGACAGAGGGCAGCCAAACUUUCAUCGUACAAAACCCUGGUCAUUUUUUUCUAUAUUUUGUUACGUCUAGUCUGUUUUGCCUGCUGCAAAUAGCCAUCGCUGUGCACGUCCUCGACCGGCCGAAUUGUGCCGCGUGUAGACCCGAAGCACUCAAACCCUUCAUUGUAUGCUGUAUAGCUCACACACUCCACUAUCUCUCCCCAGAUAUUCUCCAUUGUUUACCUUGAUUGUAGCAUGGCUGGUGUGUAUCAAAGCGAGCGCCACGCCUCAGUGAUACUGCACCGUAAUCUACUGUACUUCAAAAAUUUUAGGGCUCUUGAUCAUUGGCGCUUUUAUUUCCGUCCUUUCGUACCGCGGUUUCUAAGUAAUUCCUUUGAAUCAUCAACCACCCUGUUCAAAAGCAACUUGUGUUUAAACUCCUGUCAUUCAGUUGCUCCAAUCGUUUUCAGCAUCUUGGAUGGGGCUUUUCAGUUGGGC